UUCAGCGGGGCAGACAAUCUCCCAUCAGCUACAAGGAAAUCUGUACAGCAAACACACGGUCAGGUGUGGGUUGAACAAGCGACACACAGCGUGGACACAUAUAAACGCCGAGAAAGAUAACACCAUGUCUGACAGAAAGGCUGUGAUUAAGAAUGCCGACAUGUCCGAGGACAUGCAGCAGGACGCAGUGGACUGUGCCACCCAGGCCAUGGAGAAGUACAACAUAGAGAAGGACAUUGCUGCCUACAUCAAGAAGGAAUUCGACAAGAAGUACAACCCCACCUGGCACUGCAUUGUGGGCAGGAACUUUGGGAGCUACGUCACGCACGAGACCAAGCACUUCAUCUACUUCUACCUGGGCCAGGUGGCCAUCCUGCUCUUCAAGUCUGGCUGAGUGACAAGCGCAGCAGCAGGAGAGGGAAGCACCGGACUGUAAUGCACUGCUGGCUGAGGCCAUGCCCCCCCCCCCCCCCCCCCCCCCACACACACACACACACACCCUUGAAAAAGAAGCAAGCGGGCAAACUGGCUGUGCGCGGCUGCAUGGACUGUGUACAGCAUUUAAUGAUGUGUAUAUGUUGCAGUAAAAAAUACUAAUAAAAAUCUGUAAUAAAUGUUAUCUUUAGUUGCCUGGAAGAAAGGAAAUGAUGAAUAUUUUUUUUAAGCUUUCUUUUUGUUUUGGUAUUGCACUGAAGUUGUAAAAAUAAAUGCUUUAACGGUGGCCUUUGGUGAAAAUAAAGAAUGAUUCUACUCUGAA